AAAAACUGCCUCUUGAGAAUUAAAGACCUGAGAGAGAGUGACUCAGCCAAGUACAGGUUCAAGUUCACAACCAACCAAGAAACAGGCAAAUAUAGUGGACAACCGGUCACUCUGACUGUUACAGGUCUCCAGGUGAAGGUGAGCAGUUCAAACAUCUCUGGAAGUUAUAACUCAGCAGAACUCCAGUGUGACAGCAGCUGUCCACUACCUGAUAGUUUCUCCUACAGCUGGAUGAAGAAUCACCAAAUUAUUCCAGGACAAACUUCAAAAACCUUUUUCUAUCAAUGGGAUCCUGCAGCCAGUGUUUCCUGUGGUCUGACAGGCCAGAAGCAUCGUUCUCCUUCAGUGAAGGUCAAUGAUCACUGGGAGGUGAAUUAUCCUGAAACUGAGAUCUGUGCUUUGAAAGGAUCCACAGUGGAAAUAAGCUGCUCUUACAGAUACCCAACCAGGAUAGAGAACCAUGAAACCAGAGUCGAGCACACCUUCUGGUUCAGAGAGGAGCAUAAUGAUGUUUUACUGGAUCUGAAAAAUGACUGGAAAUAUUCAAGUCGUGUCAGGUAUGAAGGCAGUGAAAAGAACUGCACUCUGAUUAUUAGUAACCUGACAGAGACAGACUCAGCUGAGUACAAGUUCAGGUUCAUCACAAACCAUCGAAGAGGAAAAUUUACUGGUUCACCAGGAGUCAAACUGUCUGUCUCAGACCCACAACUCCAGAUACAUGUGAGGAAAUCAAUUUCCCAUCCAGACAAUCUGAAGUGGAUUGAACUAACAUGUCAGACCAGCUGUCAGCUGUCUGAUCCUCCUUCAUACAUCUGGUUCAAGAAUGGAGAGAAAUGCUCCUAA